AAGCGCGCUCGCGGGAAGCCUCGGCACUCUACGGCUGUCGGCGCAGCGGUUUGGUGGUGUCCGCCUUGGCUUGCGGCUCUCGCUGCGCCCUCGCCUGUUCUUAGCCUCGGGAAGCCUAAGCCGGCCGGGCUUUACUCCUUCCUCGUGUGCAGCUGCUUCGUCGUGACUCCAUCACCAUGUUCGAGGCUCGCCUGGUCCAGGGCUCCAUCUUGAAGAAGGUCCUGGAAGCGCUAAAGGACCUCAUCAACGAGGCCUGCUGGGACAUCAGCUCGGGCGGCGUGAACCUGCAGAGCAUGGACUCGUCCCACGUCUCCCUGGUGCAGCUCACGCUGCGCUCCGAAGGCUUCGACACGUACCGCUGCGACCGCAACUUGGCCAUGGGGGUAAACCUCACUAGCAUGUCUAAAAUACUGAAAUGUGCUGGCAAUGAAGACAUCAUUACCCUAAGAGCUGAAGAUAAUGCAGAUACCCUGGCACUAGUAUUUGAAGCACCAAAUCAGGAGAAAGUAUCCGACUAUGAAAUGAAGUUAAUGGAUUUGGAUGUUGAACAACUUGGAAUUCCAGAGCAAGAAUACAGUUGUGUGGUAAAGAUGCCUUCUGGUGAGUUUGCACGUAUAUGCCGAGACCUCAGUCACAUCGGAGAUGCUGUUGUGAUACUCUCGGCGGCUGAGCUUCCUGCACGUGGACGGCGCGGCGCGUCCUGCGGUGAGGCGGCGGCGGCGGCGGCCGGGACGGGCGCGCCCUCCUCCUCGAGCCCGUGCUGCGCCGACCGUGACACCGCGGCCCUCGGGCGCCGCCGGAGCGCGCUUGGCCCCUCGCCAGAACCGGUGUUGUCUAUCCUACGCCUGACCUCGCGUCGGUUCGUAGUUCUCUCGGUGGCGACGUCUGAAGACUAUCGGGAAAAUAGCGUAUGUAGAGGGGUAUAA